AUGGCAGCCAACAAACACACCAUCCUGGCAGGAUGUGUGAAUCUUGAUGAAAGCAUCAACCUCCGUCACGAAGCACCCAGAGACAAAGACUUCCAAGACAGCGUCGUCCUAGUCUGGUGGGAUCCAGGCAACAGCAUUGGUGGAUUUCACCGCCUCGGCCACGAAAGCAACCCGGAGGGGAACAAGGUGGCAUUGUGGACCAAUAUCACAACCCCCACGGGAAUCUUUAAGCGCACUCAAAGCAAACCUCUCAGGAAGAAAGACAUUCUUCCAAGUGGAGGUUUUGGGAGUGGCGAUGACACUUGCACAGUUGAGUUCAAGAAUGGUCAGCAUAUCUGGAACAUCGAGGAGCCCGAUGAGGAGCUCAAGCUCCAUAUCGUUCAUAAAGACACGGGUCCCCAUGUUGACUGCUACCCUAAGAGAGCCAUCACUGAUACAUUUGCUGCUGGGCACCUUGACAUCCCUGGUGUAGUCACUGGCACUAUGACCCACAAGGGGGAAACGUACGAGAUCAAGAAUGGCUUUAGCAUUCGGGACCGAGGCUGGGGUGUCCGUACCUGGAACCGUGCAGUCCUCUCGCAUCGCUGGGUGGCCGGCUCAGCCGGCCCAGACUUCGGAGUCGUUAUUGUUGCUUGGCAUGGGGCGGAUGAUUCAUACUCAAAGUUUGGAUGGGUAGUCUCAAACAACAUGGUCAAAGCGGCAAAGUCAAUUGAUAUCCUGGCAUAUAAAGAAGACGACUCAUUGACGAACAGGGGUGGGAAGACACAGAUUGAGCUGGUGGAUGGGAAAAGCUACGUCAUCGAGUGGAAGCCUGUGUCCAAAGCCUUUGUCACUUGGCAUCACGAUCUUGCAGUCGUGGACCGCUUAUGCAGCUUCAAAGCUUUCGAAACCACUGAAGGGAAAGAAUACCACGGGUUUGGAGACUUUGAGAAUUCAUCCAAUAUGCAUCAUGGGUCUCGGAAGCCAUCUUUCGUGAUUGAUGCAGUCAUCGAGACUGGGUUUACCUCGACAUGA